GGACUUGUAAUUUACAUGAGAAUAUCUUACUUUCCACAGGAGCAUUUUAAGGGAUUGCGAACUGAAUUUAGCAGUGAAGUUGAGCUUCUAGAGAUUGAUCAUCGGAAUCUGGUGAGGCUGCUUGGGUAUGUUGAUAAUGGAGACGAACGCUUUAUCAUCAGGUAUGUGCCAAAUGGUACCCUAAGGGAACAUUUGGAUGGCCGUCGUGGUAGGAUUCUGGAUUUUAAUCAAAGACUUGAAAUCGCCAUUGACAUUGCUCAUGGCUUGACUUAUCUCCAUCUAUAUGCAGAAAGGCAAAUUAUCCAUCGCGAUGUAAAAUCAUCGAACAUCCUUCUGACGGAGACCUUGAGGGCUAAGGUAGCUGAUUUUGGAUUUGCAAGGCUUGGUGCUGUGGAUUCAGAUGAUUCUCAUGUCUCGACAAACGUUAAAGGGACAGUUGGUUACCUAGACCCAGAGUAUAUGAGGACCUAUAAGCUUACUACCAAGAGUGAUGUGUACUCGUUUGGAGUUCUACUUGUAGAAAUGCUGACAGGCCGUCGCCCUGUUGAACUAAAGCGGCCUUUUGAAGAACGUGUGACACUUGUAUGA